UCUUGUCUUUAUUUUUUGGGGAUUUCCAUACCAGGUACAUUGUAAACGCACUCAAUGUAUUGUGGUUCUGUGCAAGGUUAAUUCAAAUAUGGUGAUAAAAGCCAUUCUUUCUGUCAUAAUGACCAGCACGUUUACAUUGAACAUGUUUUGUGAGGGAAUCUCCUUUCCAGCAUCAUUACCAGCAAUAACAUAUGUCACUUCCUGUCCUGUUAACAAGGGAUCUUGGGAUAGGGCAGCGAAGCUGAAAAAAUGUGACAUGUUGAAUAACUAUACAUCGUCUUAUAAGUAUGAGUAUCACUGUGUCUUGAAUAAAGAAGUCACAAAACUACUAGAGGCGUGCGUUCCUGUAUGGUUUUUAACAGGAAACUGUGCUAGAUACAGUAUACGCGAUGCAAAAAUUUGGAAUAGCCCGGAUACGGAAUGCCUUACUUUCUCGAAACCCUGUCCAAUAAGAUACAAUUCUACGGAAGCAUACAAAUACCAAGAUUGCUAUAAACUGCUCACAGACGCUCCUGAUAUAGAAGAAAUCAGAAACGGCUCCUUUUUUGUGAAGCCCAUGGUCAGUCAUCUAAAAUGUUCAUCAGAGGGAGGUUACAUAGCUCUAAUAAUAAUCUUUGCCUGCCUUAUUGCCGGAUUAAUUUUCAUGUUGGUCUUCAAAGAGAAAAUUCUAAAGAGAUUUUUUAAAAGAGAUGAAUAA